AUGAAGGGCUUGCGUAUUGGGAUCGUUGCCGCUGGUGCUCUCCUGACUGGCACACAAGCAGACGCGCCGCUUGCAAAAGAGUUCGAGGAGUUCGUCGCUAAGUUUGAGAAGACCUACUCCACGGCCUCCGAGCGGGCAGCUCGCUUCGCCACGUUUGCCAAGAACUUCGCCCGCAUUGAGGCACACAACGCCCAGGGCAAGUCCUUCAAGUUGGGCAUCAACGAGUUUGCCGACAUGGAGCCGGAGGAAUUCGCUAGCAGUCACUUCGGCAUGAAGGAAGGAACCCGAGCUUGGUCUGGGUUGCCUUACCUCGGCGAGGACAAGUACAGCGGCGCCGCAGUGCCCUCUGCAGUGGACUGGGUGAGCAAGGGCGCUGUGACUGACCCGAAGGAUCAAGGAAAAUGCGGCUCGUGCUGGUCCUUCUCCACGACGGGAGCUUUGGAAGGUGCAUGGCAGCUCGCCACUGGCAAGCUCGUCUCCUUGAGCGAACAGCAGCUGGUGGACUGUGCCAAGAACGGCAACAUGGGCUGUUCGGGUGGCUCCAUGGAUCUGGCUUUUGAGUACUUGGAGAAGUACGAUGUGUGCACGGAGGACAGCUAUCCGUACACUGCCAAGCAGGGAACCUGCAUGGAGACAAAUUGCACGGUUGCGGUGCCGAAGGGCUCCAUUGUUGGUUUCAAGGAUGUCACGCCGCAGGAUACAGACGCCCUGUUGGAAGCCGUAUCCGAGCAGCCAGUGUCUGUCGCCAUCGAAGCAGACCAGGAGGCCUUCCAGCUUUACCAAGGCGGAAUCUUGACGAAAGAGUGUGGCAAGAAGCUGGACCACGGUGUGCUGGUGGUGGGCUACGGCACUGAGAAUGGCGUGGACUACUGGAAGGUUAAGAACUCCUGGGGAGCCCAGUGGGGGGAAGAUGGGUUUGUACGCAUUGAGCGCGGGGUGCCCAAAGACGGCGAGUGCGGCAUCAAAGAUCAGCCGUCCUAUCCCAUC